AUGCUGCGAAUACCUAUAAGGAAAGUUUUUAUUAGUCAACCAGGAUGCUAUUUUGUUGAGGGGAAUACUAAAGAGUCUGGCAGAUUCACGACAUCGAUUCGCAAAUUAUCAAUUAUGCCUGAAGAUAAAUCUGAAUCUGAAUCUGAUUCCCUACCUUCGAGCAAUUUUACUAUUUCAAAUAUUCAGACAGGCGAUUUCACGAUAAAACAACGCUUAAAUUCAGCUAGACGACAGAUUAUUGUGGCCACAUUUUUUCUUGGCCUAGCUUUGCUUCCCAUAUUAGUACGAAAGAAGAAAGAUCAGUUCUAUUCCAUCACUUAG